CUUCCUCCGCUGUCAAGGGCACCGACGACUUGCGAAUUGAUCAGUAUCCUUUAGCACGUGCGCCCAAAGAAGAAAUUCACGAACCGGAGAUAGGGCUCACAUAAAGAAUGGACGGGUUUGGAUCGGAUUUCUCUGCAGGUGGAUCAGGUGGUAAAAUGGACACUGGCACCAUUAUGGAGCAGGUCAAGGUCCAGAUAGCUGUGGCUAACGCACAGGAGCUUCUACAGAGAAUGACUGAUAAAUGCUUCAAGAAGUGCAUAGGUAAACCUGGAAGCACGCUGGACAACUCUGAGCAGAAAUGUAUUGCCAUGUGUAUGGACCGGUAUAUGGACUCCUGGAACAUUGUGUCGCGAACAUACAAUUCCAGAUUGCAGAGAGAAAGGGCUCGGAUGUGAAUGCUUCCUUCCUCAGCCUUCCUUAGGCUUGGUGCUGGCAGUGAGGAGGAAAACAGUGUACCACUGGAGGGCAAACCGCUGUGAACCGGUGUGACAGUGCAGCACACCAUCAACUUCUGUCACUAUACCUCACAGGCAGACAGGCGUGCAGAGCCUUGGAACCUCAGCCAUAACAGUCUACCUUGGACACUUUUGUUUUAGUCCCUCUCUCUUCUCUGUAUUGAUUUUUUUAAGUUAAAGAUAACUUUUCUUCUAGUUAUUGACUAAGCUUGGCAUGUUAAAAGAAAUCUGCAGUUUGGGCCUUCAUGUGCAAAGACAUGCAGGUAUCUUGAUUGAACUUUUGAAUGAAUAUUUGUGUAGAUUUUUGGAUUUUGAUUGGCCUGCAAUUGACUUGUAAUUUGGCCAGGGUGAAGCUCAUACCUUGUGUGAUUCAUGCUGUAACAGUCAGCCCUAUGAAAAAAUAUAUGUAGUAUUGCAUUAUGCAGCACUGUGGUGUUUUAACUUAAUUGUGUAAAUCUUCAUUCUCCUGCCAUCAAACUAAAGUUUCUUGUGUAAAAGCCUGCAAUAUAAGGACAUGAUACUAGAAUUACUUUAAAGAGGAAUGAGGAGGCUCCAUACUACAGCUGUUCCUUAUAACUGUCUGCACGGUGCCAGUGUUUGCUGCCCUUGUGUUAUGUGCACAGAGUGACUUAAUAUUUGUGCCUCGAAGAUAAGCAGUGCAACACAAGCCCUCCAUGGAUAAAACAGACUUUCCUUAACACACUUUAACGCUAAAGGACCUGCUUAAAUUCACCAGAAAGACUUGGCGUUCUCACAACCUGACAUUCACAGGCCUACAAACAGUCCUAUAUCAUAGUACACCUGGAGAACAGAAAUGUUUUGUCUGACCUGUUUUCUGGUUGUCACUCUAUCUGCUGCCCUCCACAGUGGUGGGCUUGUUCCAGCAGGGUCUGCUUGCUGUACGGGGGGGACUGAAGCUUUUUCAGCUUUGUGUGGAGAGUUUGUCAGAGAUCUGUAAACCACCUGGGAGUUCAUAUGGGGAAGCACGAGCCAGAAAACUCUUUACUUUAUCUGUGAUUGUCAACAAAUUUCAUCAUAAAAAUAAAUUAUGUCAACUGGA